GAGGUCGGGCCGGAAGGGGGCGCCGAACCGCUGCUACGCUCGAGCUUCCGAGGGCGCCCAAGGGAAUCGGGUGCUCCUCCCGCUCCGCCUGGCCCAGUGCGUGAGGACUUGGGGAGCGGUCCUAGCCGAGCUGCCGCGCUUGACCUUGACGGUUGCGCUUUACCGGCCUCUGGCCGGCUGCCAGGCAACAGCGCGCCGCCCCGCGUGUCUGCGGCUGCGGCACCUCCCCUCCCUCCCAACGGUGCAGGCGGGCGCUGGAUCCCAGGUUGAUCCAGGCCGGGUUUUGCGGCGAAGUCCGCGCGUGCUGAUUCCUCAUCGGUUGCCCUUGGCUGCGGUCGGCGACGGGAGACCAUGGUGCUGGGUGAACUGUGGGCCGCGCUCUCCGGCCCCUCCGGGGCUACCCUGGCUUGCUGCUUGGUGGCGGCGGCCUUGGCCCUGCGCUGGUCCAGUCACCGGACAGCGCGGGGCGCGGCGGCCCGGGCACGACAGAGGCAGCAAGCGGCCCUGGACACCAUGGACAAGUUGGCGCAGCGCUUCCGUCUCCAGAACCCUGAUCUGGACUCAGAGGCACUGCUGGCCCUACCUCUGCCUCAACUGGUACAGAAGCUACAAAGUGGGGAGCUGUCUCCAGAGGCUGCUCUCUUCACCUACUUGGGAAAGGCCUGGGAAGUGAACAAAGGGACUAACUGUGUGACUACCUACCUGGCAGACUGUGAGACUCAGCUGUGCCAGGUCCCAAGGCAGGGCCUGCUCUACGGCGUCCCUGUGAGCCUCAAGGAGUGCUUCAGCUACAAGGGCCAGGACUCGACACUGGGCUUGAGCCUGAACGAGGGGGCGCCGGCAGAGUGUGACAGCGUGGUGGUGCAGGUGCUGAAGCGGCAGGGGGCCUUGCCCUUCGUGUACACCAACGUCCCCCAGUCCAUGUUCAGCUAUGACUGUGGUAACCCCCUCUUUGGCCAGACCGUGAACCCAUGGAAGUCUUGCAAGAGCCCAGGUGGCUCCUCAGGGGGUGAGGGGGCCCUCAUUGCGGCUGGGGGCUCCCCGCUGGGCUUAGGCACCGACAUCGGAGGAAGCAUUCGCUUUCCCUCUGCCUUCUGUGGCAUCUGCGGCCUCAAACCCACAGGGAACCGCAUCAGCAAGAGUGGCCUGAAGGGCUGUGUCUAUGGACAGGUAGCAGUACAGCUCUCGGUCGGCCCCAUGGCCCGGGACGUGGAGAGCCUGGCGCUGUGCCUGCGAGCGCUGCUGUGUGAGGACAUGUUCUGCCUGGACCCCACCGUGCCCCCCCUGCCCUUCAGGGAGGAGGUCUACACAAGCUCUCAACCCCUGCGUGUGGGGUAUUAUGAGACUGACAACUAUACCAUGCCCACCCCGGCCAUGACACGGGCCCUGCUGGAGACCAAGAAGAGACUCGAAGCUGCUGGCCACACGCUGGUUCCCUUCCUGCCAAGCAACAUACCCCAUGCUCUGGAGACCCUGUCGACGGGUGGGCUGUUCAGUGACGGUGGCAAGAGCUUCCUACAGAACUUCAAAGGUGAUUUCGUGGACCCCUGCUUGGGAGACCUGAUCUCAAUUCUGAGGCUGCCCAGAUGGCUUAAAGGACUGCUGGCUUUCAUGCUAAGGCCUCUGCUCCCAAGGUUGUCAGCCUGUCUCAACAGCAUGAUGUCUCGGUCAGCUGGAAAGCUCUGGGAACUGCACCACGAGAUUGAGGUGUACCGUCACUCUGUGAUUGCCCAGUGGAGAGCAGUGGAGCUGGAUGUGCUGCUCACCCCGAUGCUGGGCCCUGCUCUAGACUUGAAUGGCCCAGGCAAGGCCACAGGGGCCGUCAGCUAUACUCUGCUCUACAACUGCCUGGACUUCCCUGCUGGGGUGGUGCCUGUCACCACGGUGACCGCCGAGGACGAAGCCCAGAUGGAGCAUUACAAGGGCUGCUUUGGGGAUACCUGGGACAAGGCGCUGCAGAAGGCCGUGAAGAAGAGCGUGGGCCUGCCUGUGGCUGUGCAGUGCGUGGCUCUGCCGUGGCAGGAAGAGCUGUGUCUGCGGUUCAUGCGGGAGGUGGAGCGACUGAUGACCCCUGAGAGGCAGCCAUGCUGACUGCCGCUGCCUGGCCCUAGAGGGCCUGUGACCCACUGGAGCCACGCCCAGCGGAGUCAGGGCACAGCCCCCACCGUGGAGGAAGUGUUCAGCCUGGGGGAGAGGCUUCCAAGCCCCUCCCCCUCGCCCCUGCAAGAAGCCCAAACCCUCUGAGUCUGGACCUUGCUCCCUCCCCUGUUCCCCUCCCUGCCCUGACACCCCCAACAUGGCAGCCAGUGGGCAUGACAUGGGCGAAGGCCCACUAACAGUCAAGAAUCAGUUCCUGGUCUGUGUCCUUUCUGGAAGUCAUCGUUAGGGCACUGAGGGUUGGAGACCCGACCUUCUAGAACCUGACUCCAGCCACAUCCGUCUCCCGCUCCAAAACCUCCUCUGGUUCCUGUCACUCGCAGGAUGGACACACGCUUCUCAGGAUGGGCGAUGCGGCCCCAGCACUUCACACCCACCCCUCCCACCCCCCUUAGACUAAGCCCUACUUUGUUAGACAUUGUCUUUUCUCUUCUCCUUGCCUCUGUUGGGAAUGCCCUUUCUGUUCCCCUGCCAUUAAAUCCUCUGAGGC